AUGAAUAUUGUGAAGCUAACUCCCCCCCCCCUUUAAAUUGAAACAAAAAAUUUUGUUUCAAUUUAAAGGGGGGUUAAGAAAUUUUUUUUUAUAAAAAAAUUUUAUAUAUAAAAAUUUUUUCAGAGAUAAAAUUUUAUAAUUUUCAUGAAAAAUUAAUUCAUAAAUUUCUCAAUCUCAAAGUGUAAACUUGCUGAAAUGGUAUUCUUCUAACUCUCCCCCAUAGCAAUUGGACAAAAUAGAGUUUAAUUUCUAAAUCUUAUAUGUUUGAAGCAUAUUAAAUAGGGUGUUAACGUAUUUACAUAUAAAAUAAUGAUUUUUACCUAUAAAAUUUUCUAUUAUAAAUAAAAUUUUGUUUCAAUUUAAAGGGGGGGUAAUUUCCCAAAAAAGUAGGAAUUUUACCUAUAUUUUGUUUCAAUUUAAAGGGGGGGGAGUAAGAGUUUGCAAUUUCGAUCACAAAAUCUGUUGGGCAAUAUUUGUAUUCCUACAACUAUUUAUUAUCGCUUGCAUGGUUGGCAGCCUUGGCACAAAGAGCUGGGUGAAACUUGAUAUAUCAGAUGGGUUAGGAGAAGACUUUCAAUCUUUUGAAGGAAGCAUUAUGGAAGUAACCCAUUAUAAUGGAGACGAUAUUGAAGUAUCUUAUAAAGAUGCAGCAGACUACUAUUGUGAUCCCAACCCAAACGUUAUGCCAAAUCUUUAUAACGCCUGGUGCGAUAUGUUUGACAAUUUGCGCAGAGGCUUCGGAGUUUUCGCAGUAUUUGAGAUCAUUUCAAUAGGUUGCCUGGUUGCUUGGGGAGCAGUCUUGAUUGGAUUUGUGUUUAGUGUUAAUUGCCUUCCAUGCUCAUUUUGCUGUUCUGCAUGCUCAUGAAUAGCGCAUUUUAUUGCGUUUUUUAGCUGGCUGGCAGUAUCAAAUGGAGAUUAUGAUGGGAAUUGCAACGACAUUGCUGAAAGCUUUGAUGAUGGCGAUUAUAAGAGUGAUCUUAAGCCUCCACGACUUUGCAUUAGAGAUGGACCAAUUUUAGCAACUUUUUUAGCUGUAUUUUUACCGAUAGUAGUUAUUGCUUAUAUACCUAUCGGCUGCAUCGCUUAUCGAAACAAAAGACAACAAGACCGAGAAGGCGAAAAACAAGAGUUUGCACUAGAAAUACCAAAUUCAUUGCAAAUUCAAAAUGGAGGGCAAACUCCAAUUAUAGUUCAAGGUUACCCAGUGAUUCAGGCAGGAGUUCCAUAUGGCUCAUCUUUGCAAGAGCCUAUCCAAAAUGGAAUUCCGUAUCCUUUGAAUGGUUUCAACAUGCAACCUACUCCGCCAGGUCAAAACAGCUAUCCAACAUUCCAAAAAACUCUUGACUAA